AUGUCAAACAACCCAGCUGAUGAUGAAGGAUAUAAUGAGUAUUUAUAUAAAAUUUUAGUUGUUGGUGAUAUUGGUACUGGUAAAACUUCAAUUAUUAAAAGAUUUGUUCAUAAUAUAUUCUCUAUGCAUUAUAAAUCAACCAUUGGUGUAGAUUUUGCAUUAAAAGUGAUUAAUUGGGAUCCAAAAACCGAAGUUAGAUUACAAUUAUGGGAUAUUGCAGGUCAAGAAAGAUUUGGAUCAAUGACAAGAGUUUAUUAUAAAGAAGCAGUUGGAGCAAUGAUUACAUUUGAUGUUACUAGAAUGAGUACAUUUGAAGCAGUUGCUAAAUGGAAAGCAGAUAUUGAUUCUAAAGUAACUUAUGGUGCAGAUGAAAAACCAAUUCCAGUAGUUUUAUUAGCAAACAAAUGUGAUUUAGGUAAAGAUGCAUUCAUCAAGACUGCAAACGAUAUGGAUAAAUAUUGUAAAGAUAAUGGUUUCAUUGGUUGGUUCGAAACUAGUGCUAAAGAAAAUAUGAAUAUUGAAAAAGCAGCACGUUUCUUGGUUGAUCAUAUCUUAAAGAAUGAUGUUAGAAGAAAUCAACCAAUUGAAGGUACAAUUCAACCAGGCGAUCUCAAUAAACAACCACAACCAACUUCAACUGGUCCAAGUUGUUGUAAAUAA